CUUCUUGCAGAUCUGGAGAACAGUCCGAUGUUUGCCAACGAUCUGGAGUGCCAGAAAUUCCUGAUGGAAGCCAUGAAGUAUCAUCUUCUACCCGAAAGGCGGUCAAUGAUGCAAAGCCCCCGAACCAAACCCAGGAAGUCCACAGUGGGGGCCCUGUAUGCCGUGGGGGGAAUGGAUGCCACAAAAGGUGCAACGACCAUCGAGAAGUAUGACCUGAGGACAAACAGUUGGGUGCAGAUUAGUACCAUGAGCGGACGCCGCCUCCAAUUUGGAGUCGCCGUGAUCGACGACAAGCUCUAUGUGGUUGGAGGGCGCGAUGGCCUGAAAACCUCCAACACUGUGGAAUGCUUCAACCCGGUCACCAAGACGUGGUCGGUUAUGCCGCCAAUGUCAACGCACAGGCAUGGACUGGGCGUGGCGGUUCUGGAAGGUCCGAUGUAUGCCGUGGGCGGCCAUGAUGGAUGGAGCUACCUUAACACAGUGGAGCGGUGGGAUCCUCAAGCGCGGCAAUGGAAUUACGUCGCCAGCAUGACAACCCCCAGGAGCACGGUUGGGGUGGCAGCUUUGAAUAACAAGUUGUACGCGGUGGGCGGCAGGGACGGCAGUUCGUGUCUAAAGUCCAUGGAGUGCUUUGACCCUCACACAAACAAGUGGAGUAUGUGCGCGCCGAUGUCCAAGAGGAGGGGAGGUGUCGGAGUGGCCACAUACAACGGAUUUCUCUACGCCGUCGGAGGACACGACGCCCCGGCAUCCAACCAUUGUUCCCGCCUGUCAGACUGUGUGGAGAGAUAUGACCCUAAAACGGACAACUGGACAACAGUGGCCCCGCUGAGCAUUCCCAGGGACGCCGUCGGAGUCUGCGCACUUGGAGAUAGACUGUACGCUGUGGGCGGAUAUGACGGCCAAUCGUACCUCAGCGCGGUGGAGUCUUACGACACACAGACCAAUGAGUGGACGCAGGAAGUCUCUCUGAAUAUCGGAAGAGCCGGCGCGUGUAUCGUCGUGAUCAAGUUGCCGUGA